CCACUUUUCCUCUCAUUUUUGUUCCUUCCCUUCUCUGUCCAUCAGAAGCAUUCUCUACUCUCUCUCUCUCUCGUGUCCCUCCCUCACUCAAAAAUAAAUAAAUCACCCAAUCCCAUCUAAAUCCAAAACCAAAUCAACAUGCAAGCUCACUACCUUUCUCCUUAUGUGUGAAUCAAACAUUCAAUCUUUUAAGUACUCUAUAAUCUUUUAAGGAUUAUAAGCUGUUUUGGUUGUAGUUUUUUUUUGGAUUGCUGCAUGUAUGGUAGAGGUAAUGGGUGAGCAUGUUGACUGUACAUUUUUGGAUUGUUGGACAUAAGCUUGAAGAUAAGGACUAGAGUGGUAUAAGCUAGAAGAUGAAUUACUAAGCUGUUUGGUCAGCGAUGAACUCUGAAAGUCCGUUUGAAGUUGAGCAUUUCUGCUGGAAAAAUGCUUACGGGUUUUGAUGUAGAUUUUGCGGAAUAAGCUAUACUGUGAGUUUUAGUUGAUGGAAUGGCUCCAGAACUGAACCUAUAUACUUGGUAAGAGUUUGGAUUGAUGGUUGGACUGAAUUUGGAGCUUGCGGGAAGCUUGAUAUUGGGAUUAGCGAAUCAUAAUCGUUUAUCGGCUAAAAUUGAGAUAAAUCAACAUGGGGUGUUAUACAACCGGUCAAGAAAAAUUGUCAUCAUGCACUUCCAAGUUCCUCCACUGCCGCAUAUGGAAACAUCUCUCGACAUGUACAGGUAGCAGCUGAUGCCAAACAAAUUGAGCAAUAGAGACCCCCUAUUUUAACCUAAUGAAAUAGAUCCACUGAAAAAAGGUCUAGCUAGCUAGGGUUGUAUUUUGAGAGAUGGGGCGUGGAAAGAUUGAGAUUAAGAAGAUUCAAAACAAAACCACAAGGCAAGUGACAUUUUCCAAAAGAAGAACUGGAUUGUUGAAGAAGACUCAUGAGCUAUCAGUGUUAUGUGAAGCUCAGAUUGGACUAAUAAUUUUCUCGAGCACUGGAAAACUCUCCCAAUAUUGCUCUGAUUCCACAAGGAUGGACCAAAUCAUUGAAAGGUACGAGAGAAGUACAGGUAAACGCAUUAUGGCUGAACAUGAUGAUCAUCAGAUUCAUCCCAGGGAAUUAGAAAUGUUCCAUGACAUGGCAAUGCUGAGGCAGGAAAGUCUUCGUCUUGAAUUGGGAAUUCAACGCUAUCUUGGAGAUGACAUGAAAGAUUUACAGUUUGAUGACUUGAGUAAAAUUGAACAUGAAUUAGAGAUCUCUCUUGCAAAAGUUCGAAACCGUCAGAAUGAGCUCAUGCAACAACAAAUGGAGAAUCUCCAAAGGAAGGAAAGAAUCUUGCAAGAUGAAAACAUGAAUUUAUCCAACUGGGAGCAUAAGGCAGUGAUGGAAAACAAGGCUGUGAUGGAUCAGUUUGCAUUUUUUGAGGACCAACCACUUAGCAGGAUCCUUCAACUUGCUGCACCUGUUAAUCCCUAUCUUCAGCUUGGUCAGCCAGUUUUUCAAGAUUAUAAUCUCAAGACUAGGGACCUCGAUCACCCUUAAAUAUCAAUUAGUUAAUGAGUAACAUGGAAUUAUGGAAAUAUCGAUCAUGUCGUACCAUAUAUCCUGCAGCUUGAUUCUGGACAUUUUAUAAUAAUUUACUUUUCAUUUUAAGUGUCAUGGAGAUGUAAGUACUUAUGUUUGUGUAUGUUUAUGACUUGAAGAGGGAGUAUUAAUUAGGUAUAUGUAGUAGAUACCUAUAUAUUCACUGGUAAUUUUAAUUGAUUUGCAAAAAAUUUAAUUUUAAAACAGCA